GCCCCCUCCACGCGACUAAGCUCUUGAUUGAGUUCGUGCGCUGGCUGCUUCACUCUUCGUACACUGUGGUAAAUUGGGGAUCAGUUGCUUUGAAUUCUUCCCUGUGUCAGGACCGUAGAAAAACGUUACCGCCGCACCUUUAUACAAUCGUAAGAAAUGGCUCGUACCAAGCAAACUGCCCGUAAAUCGACGGGAGGAAAGGCUCCUCGUAAACAGUUAGCCACAAAAGCUGCCCGCAAGAGUGCACCUUCAACUGGUGGAGUGAAAAAACCCCAUCGUUACAGGCCUGGAACCGUGGCUCUGCGUGAGAUCAGGAGAUACCAGAAAUCUACAGAAUUACUGAUCAGGAAACUACCCUUCCAGCGUCUUGUUCGUGAAAUUGCCCAGGACUUCAAGACUGAUCUUCGUUUCCAGAGUGCGGCAAUUGGAGCUCUGCAAGAAGCAUCUGAGGCUUACCUAGUUGGUCUUUUUGAAGAUACCAACUUGUGCGCCAUUCACGCUAAGCGGGUCACUAUUAUGCCCAAAGAUAUACAGUUAGCUCGACGAAUCAGAGGCGAACGUGCUUAAGCAUUGGUCAAUUGAAUUGGCUGACAUUGUAAACGUUAUCACUCCAUUCUUUUCCGUUUUUUUUUUUUUUAAGUAUUGACAAUGCACAAAAGUACGUUAUGGUAAUAUCAAUCCCUUGUUACAUUCAUCGUAUAAUCGUCACUGCCAAACGUGUUACUGGGCACUAACACAAUUAUCCACAGAUGAUAGCCAGUAGUUUACAAUAACAUGUAGAUUUUGUUGAAUAAGAAAUUGUCUUUUCAAAGUGGGUGGCAGCAGAAACAAUGGAUUGGUUUUGUUAACACUCAUUAUUUUACUAAACAUCGCCCCUCAUACACAUAUAUUAGAAAACGUAAGUGUAUUAGUUUUUAGUUAAAAAUGAAGUCUAAAUAUUAGAGUGCUCUGCCAUAUACUUUUAUUAUUUCAUAUCAGGCAAUUAUCUAGUUUUUGAAAUAUGAAAGAGAAAUAGUAAAUCUUAUAUCUCGUUCAGUUCUGAUUCGGUUUCGUCGAGAUAAAAAUAAUUCACAUCAAUAGUCUAAAAGCGAUGUGGACUAUUUUUCUGUAAUGAUAUUCCUGCAUCUUGAUAAUUGUCUGUACAUACAAUAUAAGUAUGUGACACUUCCAGGCACUCAUAAUCUGAAAAAUAUUUACUAAGCUGUGUAGAGUAAUUUGAAAUAUACAUAUAAUUAUUACGUAAA